UCUGUCAAAGUCUGUAAUAUAAACAGUAGUGCAUUCGCGAAUCUGGAUUGAAUUUUUCAAUAGUUUUCCUACAAAAUCGAAUUGAAUGUGAGAUUUUUUUGGUGCUAUAGUGAGAUUACAGUCCUAUUCACAUCAUCCCAAUGGCGGAUGUUCGAGAUAUCCUCGACCUGGAACGCCCGGCCACACCGGAGCUGACUAAGGAGUCUGUGCUGGCGAAGAACAAGAAGAUCUAUGAAAAGAAACUCGCUGUUAAACGUCCGGAGGGCAUGCACCGGGAGGUGUUCGCCCUGCUGUACAACGACAAUAAAGAUGCCCCGCCUCUGCUGCCGACCGACACCGGUACCGGUUACAAGCAAACAAAGGCCCGGCUGGGCAUGAAGAAAGUCCGCCGCUGGGAAUGGGCUCCGUUUUCCAAUCCGGCACGGUCCGAUGGAGCUGUGUUUCACCACUGGAAACGUUGCUCGGACGAACCGAAGGAGUAUCCCUUUGCCAAGUUCAAUAAGCAACUGGAGAUUCCGGUUUACAACAUAGCUGAAUACAAUACUCACCUGAAGACGAAUCCGACCAAGUGGUCCAAGCCUCAAACAGACCAUUUGUUUGACCUGGCAAAGCGGUUCGAUGUAAGGUUCAUAAUCAUGGCUGACCGAUGGGACAGGGCGAACUAUGGAAGCAAAACAGUGGAAGAUCUGAAGGAACGAUACUAUGAGGUGAUUGGGCUUUUGAACAAGGUCCGAGGAACACCGGAGAAGAAGAUUUACGUAUUUGACGCAGAUCACGAGCGCAGGAGGAAGGAGCAGUUGAAAAAACUGUUCGAUCGUAACGCGAAGCAAAUCGAGGAAGAACAAACCCUGUUGAAUGAACUGAAGAAGAUCGAAGCCCGUAAGAAGGAACGCGAACGUAAAACGCAAGACUUGCAGAAACUAAUUUCCCAAGCGGAUCAACAACAGGCUGAACUUCAGCAACAGCAUGCCACCAGUUCCCACAAGAAGCACGACAAGAAGCUCAAGAAGAAGAUUCAACAGCAGCCCCGUCCCUCUAAGGUGGAUUCGGUAGUCAAUGCCGUAGAAUCUGCCGGCAUUAAGUUUACGGAUCUGCGAGGAACUGGCGUUUCACUGCGCUCACAGAAGAUGAAACUGCCGGCCAACGUAGGACAGAAGAAGGCCAAAGCACUGGAACAGGCCCUGCAGGAGUUCAAAGUGGACCCGAACCCGCCGCCGAUCGAGGAGAUAUGCGUCGCCUUCAACGAGCUUCGGUCCGAUAUGGUUCUGUUGUGCGAAUUGAGGACGGCACUGGCCACUUGUAAUUUCGAGCUGGAGAGUUUGAAACACCAGUACGAAGCGCUGUGUCCGGGCAAGACGCUGAACAUUCCUGCCGCGCUGGUCAACCCACCGAAUGAGGACGUCUCCGGUGUGAGCGAGUUGGAUGUGUCCGGACUAGUUUAAGGCUGUAAGGUAAGGAAGUUUUCUCUAUGCUAUUUGGAAAACAUGACUGAGUGUUUGUGUCAUA